AUGCAAAGCCUAGCCUCUCAAUUUGACGACAGCAACUCCAAGGUCAAGUGUGGAGAUACAUCGAAGAAAUUCUUUGUGACCCCGGGAGUUGACGGCAAUGAUGCCGAGAUCGAGAUUGCGACAGGCAGGGUAGUGGCUCAACGUGACGGGAAGGAAUCCAUCAUGAUGGACCCGUUUCUGGAUUAUAUCCCAUACCAGCGCCUCAUCAGUCAAGCUCAAAGCAUCAACACUUUCUGUCCGAAUCUGGCCUAUUGCCCUUUGCGAGUGAAAUAUCACAUCUGCCAGCGCAGCCAGGGUUCUACACAAGUGCUGCCCGCAUGGACCCCUGAGCCCCUCGAUGCCGUGCGGAAGACAUUUGCGGCUAAAGUCAAGGAUUGGGAAGCCAGUGAAGCCUGCAAACAGCUCAGAGACUGCCUAGAAACCGCUCACAUUCCCGGUCCGAUUAAGAAAAUCGUCGCCUUUGCUUGCUCGACAAUUGCAAGCCGACCGGUGUGGCCUGCCUCCAUCGCGCAGCACUGCUUGAUUCUCACCCUCAGAGACUUCUUCAGCAAAGCCGGCAGCGUGAAAGCUCCGCGUAAUAUCCAAUGUUUUGCCCAGGAUUCUACAUACACGCAAGUCGAUCGCGAUGUUCUGAAAGAGAAAGGCAUUCACGUCUUGGACGACCCAAGAGCAUUCCUCGAAGUGGAUGACUCGACCAUCGUCUUGUCCUUUUCGCCCGACAUUCCCGUCCGUCAAAUCAUCACAGAUCUCGCUCGACCAGCUGCUCUUUUGUGGGAUCAGGUCCACACUCAGGGGGGGAUGGCGUCAGAUACGUAA